AGAAAGCGACGCCAGUAGGUCAUGCUCUUCCGCUUCCGGCGGUGGCGGGGCGUUGCCUAGGCAACGCUGUCUCCUUGCGGCCUGUCGAGGAUGGCCGCGGGGGUCGCUCCCAUAGCCGGUGGGGAAUUUACCUCGGCUAUUUACGGGCUGAUCAAGGACGGGCGCUUCGCCGAGGCGGUGGGGACCUUAAGCAGCGAGCUGCAAAGGAGCUGUCGCUCCCGGGCAGGGCUCUCGCUGCUCGGCUACUGUUACUAUCAGCUGCAGGACUUCGCCGCGGCGGCCGAGUGCUACGAGCAGCUCGAGGCGCUGCAGCCGGAGCUCCACGAGUACCGGCUGUACCACGCGCAGGCGCUCUACAAAGCCGGCCUGUACGCGGAGGCGCUGCGCAGCACCAUUCCUCUGCUCGACGUCCCGGCCUUCCAGAGCCGGGCCCUGCGCCUCCAGGCCGCUGCCCACUAUGCUCAGGGCGACCUCUCCAGCGCUAAGGCCCUGGUGGAACUGCAGUUGGCAGCCGCCACGGAAGGCAGUCCUGGGCCCACUGAAGACCCCUCGGCGCUGCCAGAUGCCGAGGUGGACAUGGGCUGCCUGCUGUACCGCGAAGGGCAGCACGAAGAGGCUUGCAGCAACUGUGCGUCUGCCAUGCAGGUGCUGGGCUACUGCCCGGAGCUGUCCUACAACAUGGCGCUGUGCUGUUACGCGGCAAAGCAGUACGCCCCUGCCCUGAAGCACAUUGCAGAUAUCAUUGAACGGGGCAUGCAGCAGCAUCCAGAGCUCAGUGUGGGCACAAACACUGAGGGCCUGGAUGUCCGCAGUGUGGGCAACACUUUGCUCCUGCAUCGCACCGCACUGGUAGAGGCCUUCAACCUCAAGGCUGCCAUUGAGUACCAACUGUGCAACCUGCAGGCAGCUCAAGAGGCACUCACAGACAUGCCCCCGCGGGCUGAAGAGGAGCUGGACCCAGUCACCUUGCACAACCAAGCUUUGAUGAACAUGGAUAGACGGCCUACUGAAGGCUUUGAGAAGCUGCAGUUCCUUCUGCAACAGAACCCCUGCCCACCAGAGACCUUUGGGAACCUUCUCCUUCUCUACUGCAAGCACCAGUACUAUGACUUGGCUGCAGAUGUGCUGGCUGAAAAUGCUCACCUGACCUAUAAGCUUCUCACACCCUAUCUGUACAGCGUCUUGGAUGCCAUGAUCACUUGCCAAACUGCCCCUGAGGAGGCAUUCCAUAAGCUUGAUGAGUUGGCAGGGGCUCUAAACGAGCAGCUGAGAAAGUUGACCAAGGAGGUGCAGGAAUCUAGGAAAAAUCGAGAUGAUGAAGCCCUAAGGAAGGCAGUUAAUGAAUAUGAUGAGACUGUGGAGAAAUAUGUCCCUGUCUUUAUGGCUCAAGCCAAGAUUUAUUGGGACAUGGAGAACUAUCCUAUGCUGGAAAAGAUGUUCCACAAGUCAGUGGACUUCUGCAAGGAUCAUGAAGUAUGGAAACUGAACGUGCCUCAUGUACUGUUCAUGCAAGAAAACAAAUACAAAGAGGCCAUUGGUUUCUAUGAGCCUAUUGUAAAAAAGCACUAUGAUAAUAUCUUGCAGGUCAGUGCCAUUGUGCUGGCUAACUUGUGUGUUUCCUACAUCAUGACGAGUCAAAAUGAAGAGGCAGAAGAGCUGAUGAGGAAGAUUGAAAAGGAAGAAGAGCAGCUAUCUUACCAUGAACCUGAGAAAAAGAUCUAUCACCUCUGCAUUGUCAACUUAGUGAUUGGGACUCUCUAUUGUGCCAAAGGGAACUUUGACUUUGGCAUCUCAAGGGUGAUUAAGAGUUUGGAGCCUUACAACAAAAAGCUGGGUACAGACACUUGGUAUUAUGCCAAAAGAUGCUUCCUGUCAUUGUUGGAAAAUAUGUGCAAGCAUGUGAUCAUGGUGCGUGACAGUGUCAUUCAAGAAUGUGUCCAGUUUCUUGAGCACUGUGCAGUGUAUGGCCGAAACAUUCCAGCUGUUAUUGAACAACCUCUUGAGGAAGAGAAGAUGCAUACAGGGAAGAACACGGUUACUUAUGAAGCUAGGCAGCUGAGGGCACUGAUGUAUGGUUACUGGGUGGAAUAAAUAACUGCUCUGACAUUCCCAUACAAAAUUGCCAGGGAGCAGAAGAUCAACGAGGCACUUCCGCCAUUCCAAAUAUUAUAUAUGUUCACUUCACUUGUUUUUAGGAUGUAGUCUGUUGUGUUUGAAAUUAAAAUUGGCUUUUUGUACCAAAUUAAUACAGAACUGAGAGCACCCUCAGAGGCUGUUAAAUACUGAAGCAUAUUUAUAUCUAUCAACCUUGGGAGGAAAUAUUGAACUUCUGAUGUAUGAAAUAAAUGACAAUUAUAAUCAGCAACAGCAUGCAUAAAAGUAGCACGAUUGUGUCUUCCUUGACUUAGCUUUGAGUCUGUGAGGUCUGCAGUGUCACAGUGUGUGCAGUAAGAUAAGACAACAAAGAUCUAUCUUCUCCUGUCACCUCUUUCUUUUCCUUUGUUAUCUUUUCUCCCUUCAGUCAUUUACAAUCCUUUUUCUUCUGACUGAAGAAGUGACAGUGGACAGAAGUAGCUACUGCCAAGAUCAGAUGUGGGUAAGCUUCUUGAUUGUGUAACAUCUCCUUUCCCACCCCCAACUCUGCUCCCCUUGAGAAUUCUGGAGUGGGAGGACAUUAGUUAUACAGUACUUAAGGGUCAACCCUGUGGGGCUGAAUGUAUUGAAAAUGAGGAAGGGCUACAGCCAAUAAUAAUGACAAGGUUACUCUAGCUCUAUGUCAUUGGUGUACAGCUUUCCAGUCUGUUUUAAAGCCUUUACAGUAGUAACAUAUAUAGAUCAUGGCUUUGUCCCCUGUUCACAAAAAGAUACUGAAAACAAACACAUUCUUUCCCCUCUUCCUCCUUUCCCCUCACAGUAGACAGUGGUCUCUCUAGGAAUCUUGCUUUCUUUCCAUGUCAUGCAUAUAGUAGCACAAUCUGAUUAUCAUGCUGCUUUAACAAUCACUUUUGUACCAUAAUUAUCCCAGAGAGAGAGAGAGAAGCACAGGAUACUAUUAAAACAUGACUGCUGUAAGAAAUUGAGUGGAAGGUUAGUCCUGAGCCAUGUGUUUGUCUUUGCAUGAAUACGCAAAGGGAGAAAACCAGUCCUUGCUUAAAAUCUCUCACUCUUCCCAUAGGCUGGUUGCAGUUUUCUCCCCAUGGAACAGAAGUACUAGUUUUCAAGGUGCUUAGGUUUGCUAAUGUAAACACAACAGGGUGUGAGAGUGGUUCAUUAACCCCUUCCAAAAACAAAAGUGUUUCCUUCAUGUUCUCACAUUUUUGCAAAACUUUGCAGGGGGCUAUACGGAUGAGAUGUGCGCUGCCUUUGCCUACUCCAGGCCUGUUCAGUGGGCAAACAAGGUGCCAAAAUCCCCAAGGCUCUAUCCAUCCCCCUGCAGAAUGAAAAUAAAAAUAAAAAGGGACCAGUUGCACCAGCAAGGUGCCAGGCAGCCUCCAGGGAGCACGAGCCAUGGGGAUGAGUCACAGGAACAUGGACAGGUUCCAAGUCGAGAAGGCGAAUGAACAAAAGGAGGUUGCAGCGGUGCAGAGAAGCCAUUGUCAAAGGCCCUGAGUUAAAGGCCUGAAUCCUCCGCAUUCCAGGUAGCUUUGCCCAUUUGUAGGUGUUCAACAUUGACUAGGCAGCUCUGCAAGAGAUUGCUCUGCUGUCCAUUGCACUUCUGCUUCGUGGGACAAUGUUUCCCCCCCCCAGUGAUCAAGCUGGCCUUUGCUGUGUCCCCCCCCCACUGAGAAACAAGUGUCCCAAAUCAGUUUCCUUGCUGCCACAGUCACUUGCUCAGAUCCCUGCUUAAUCCAGUCUGCCCUUUCCUAGGGGAAUGGCUGCUCUGUUUCCUUUCUCUGCUUUCUUUAUGAAAAGGAGG